GUUGGGACUAACCACUUUGACUGUCACAUCUAUUUUUAGAGAAAACAGGGCGUCCCCGUGAUGUCACGGCACAUGUGACGAUCGCUCAGCUGACCCAGUUGUAUCAAUAUGGCCGAUCUUCAGGAAGACAGUCAGCAUCGGGGUUGGCUGAGCCUGAGUAGCUGGUUCCAGUGGAAACCCACAUCCAAAGCUCAGCUGGCGAGGACGGAGGAAAAAAUACUGAAAUGCAUCAAAAGCCCUCUAACCUCAGGCCAUGUGUCUAUUGCUGGUGGCCAAAGGCAGUUAUGGACAGUGACAGUAAAUAAAGACAAAUCAAACCGUAUACCCCUGGUUUUGGUACACGGCAUGGGGGGAGGAGUGGGAUUAUGGGCCCAAAACCUGGAUGCCCUCGGGGAGAGUCGCCCUGUGUACGCGUUCGACCUUCUGGGCUUCGGUAGAAGCUCCCGUCCAAAGUUCAGUUCAGAUCCUACAGUCGCCGAAGCGGAAUUUGUUGAGUCCAUAGAACAGUGGCGUAAACAAAUGCACCUUGACAGGUUUGUACUGUUAGGUCAUAGCCUAGGAGCAUUUGUGGCCACCUCGUAUAGCCUGAAGUACCCGAAACAUGUGAAACAUCUCGUGCUGGUGGACCCAUGGGGAUUUCAGGAACGCCCAGUGGACAGUGAGCGCACCCGCCCCAUCCCCGUGUGGAUCAGGGUUAUAGCCUCCAUGUUAAAGCCCUUCAACCCCCUGGCUGGCCUUAGAGCUGCAGGACCCUGGGGUCCGGGCCUGGUAAAGCGAUUUCGACCAGAUUUUCGAAUAUUUUCAAACCUUUUUGAUGAUGACACCAUUUUUGAAUACAUUUACCACUGCAAUGCACAAUCGCCAGCAAGGUAAACGGCAUUUAAAACUCUGACCAGUCCAUUCGGAUGGGCCAAAAAUCCCAUGGUUCGUCGUGUAGCUGACAUUCAUGAGGACAUUCCCAUCACCAUGUUGUAUGGGUCAAGGUCAUGGAUCGACAGUAGCACGGGGUACCAGGUGAAAUUCCUCCGUGAAGAGAGCUAUGUGGAUGUUCAGAUUGUGAAAUCAGCAGGUCAUCAUGUGUAUGCAGACAAACCUCAGAGCUUUAACAACGCUGUGAAGAAAGUUUGUAACGCUGCUGAUGCGAAGUUAGAGCGGGACAGAGAGGCCGAAUAUGAGGCAAUGGACAAUACAGUCGGACCAGCCAUUGAGCAGGCCGAGACAGCAAAGUUAUGAUUACCUCCCUUGUGAAUAGUGGGCAUGUGCAUGUGUGUAUAUAUACAGGUAUGUGUAAAUAUGUGCGCAUAUCUUUGCAGCGAUUGUAAAACGUCAGUUCUGCAUAAUGUUAGGGCUUAGGCCCACUGUGUCAGGGGCUAGUAUUCCCCUGCUUUCAUAGCUCACAGUUUUCAUGAAACGGCGCUGUGAAAUGGAAGCGCAUGCGCAGUUUUGCCGUGGUUCAAAUAACAUUGACACUUUAACUGUGACAUGACAGAUUACCUAUUUAUGGUGUGGCAUGUAAAUGUAUGUUAUGUCUUUUAAAUCUUCUGUAAAAACACUGAGAAAAAAAAAAACAAACCCAAAGUGAGGCUGACUAUAUACACAUGCCUGCAUGUUUCUUGUUUGUGUGGACAAAUAUAAAUCUAUAAUUUAUAAGAGUUUUAAUGUACCGUUUCAUUUUUGCUGAGAUAAGAGAGUGCAUAUUUUUCAUCAUGCGGCAUGACUGAAUCAGUUUCAUAAAUUUGAUACGAAUGUAAAGCUGUAUUGUCAAUAUUUAUGUAUAUCUAUCAUAUCUAUACAGUUUCAAAUGUGUCACCUUUAAAUGUGUAAUGUUUUGCUUGUAUUUAUGAAAUUAGAUGUGAUUUUGUUUAAAGAAUAAGUAAACGUAGCUGAUCAGAUACUGUAAUCUCGCCCACCUUGGAAACCUUUCUGUGCAAAUGUCUCAAAAUGUGCCUUUUUUCAUUAACCUUCGACUGUAAGAGUUUCUGUGAAUCUGUCAUAACUGUUUUGAAACAAAAUGAAAUGAUAAGUUAUGUGGUGAAUAACAUAACUUAUAUUACUUGUAAGAUUUCAUCAGAAGUUGACCUUGAAGAUAUUCCACACCUGAUGCUACCAUGCUUAUAUAUCGUUUUUAUCUUCUCAGGAGUAAAUGAUGACCUUGUUGUAUGGGUUUAACCUCACAUAUUUCAUCUGUACAUACGCAUAUUUAGUGCUGUGUGGUACAUAAAUUGUAUUUUAUCUCUCUGUUAGCUCUGUAUUGAUUAAUCUCUCAGGAUUAGUUUUCUUUUAAUGGUAUUUCAGAUGACUUGCUAUAUUUUUAUGCUACUGUAAAGCUAAUGUUCUUAAAACGGCUCAAGUUGUAAUUAGCUUCAACUAAAACAUUAUGAUGUAAUUGAGUCCUGUUUGUGAAUGCAUACCCACAAUGGUGAUGACGAGGGAGCUUAUUUUCCUCAAGAUAGGCUUUAUUCUAGUAUUCUGGUAAAAUUUCUGCUCUGUUUCUUUGAGGCUUGUAAAAAUUGGUCUCUUCCUCCCUGUUGAGGACAGGCUUCAUUCAAGUAAGAACCAAGGUCUAUUUUUCCUUUAGAUAGGGUUCAUUGUGGUGAUCACUUAACUCCAUUUUGUUUGAAGCAGGCUUCAUUCUGGUAAAAAUUGACUUGGAUUUUCCUUGAAGCAGGCUUCAUUCUGGUAAAAAUUGACUGGGAUUUUCCUUGAAGCAGGCUUCAUUCUGGUAAAAAUUGAUUUCAAUUUACCUUUGCUGCAGGUUUUAUUAUAGUCAUUGGUGAUCUCCAUUUUCCUUGAAGCAGGCUUCGUUCUGGUAAAAAUUGAUUUCAGUUUUCCUUGAGACAAGCUUCAUUGAUAUAUGAUUUAUAAUCUUUACUUUGACAUAAGUUACAUGAAAGCUCUCUUUAAACUUUCUGAAUUCAGCUGAAUCAAAAUGGGUAAACUGUCAUUUAAUUCACGUCCAAAGGUAUAAAAUGUUAGAUAUAUACAGAUUGUCAUAUAUUUCCGUUUGAAGAGUAGGUACUUUAUAAAUCUCAACAUUUCAAGAUGGCUUUAGACGGGUUACAAUCUGGAAAUUUAUUUGACCCUUGUCAACUUCUUUUCUGUCAAAGACAGUGUUAUUAACUUGUGAUAUUGCAUGAUUCGUUCUAGAGUCAAGAUCCAGGUCAAAAUAAUGUAUACACUUGUUUUCACAUCAAUGUAUGUCACUGAUGAUGAGAGAACUUGCUCCAUAAAGGAAAAGAUCUCUAAAAAUUGAAGUCGGCAUCACUAAAUAGAUCACUUAAAACUAUGCAUAAAUAUGCUUUCAUCUAUUUUUUUUUUUUUAGGUUUUUAUGGAGAGAGUUUAAGGCAUUCAAACCUUCUAAGGUGGGCUUUAUGGACCAUUCUGUCAGAGUGUAUGAACUCUGACGUCACAGGAAAUUCUUCCCACUCUAAUCACGCCACUGAAUGUUGUGAUAAUUCUUUU